CCUCCCCGAAAAAGCCUUGCCACGAGUUAACUUACCAGCUCUACCCACGCGUGGUAGAAAGAUCUGUGCCACCAACACAUCACUCACCCCUCUCCACAAUCGAGGUGACACAUGUGGCCCCCUAAAUGUUCCACUGGGAGGUGUUCUGGGGGCAGCUAACUAAGAGGGGGCUUUCAGAGCCAAUGCAGGAGGUGAGACACAUGAGGUCACAGAGCCACUGCCUCCCCCUUUCAAAAGAAACCACUCUGCUCUAUUUAUUUCAGAAUCCGGAGGAAGUUGACGAAGGGUGACAGCAGCGCAGCACAACAUGUGGUGGCGAGUCUGCAGCCUGCUGGCUUGGUUCCCCUUACAAGAAGCCUUUUGGACCAACCGCAUGGAAACCAUCACCGUGGAGGAAGGCCAGACGCUCACUCUGAAGUGUGUCGCUGCUCACGCGGGGACCACCUCCCUUCAGUGGCUGGCCCCAUCCGGGUUCACCAUUUUUUUCAAUGAGCAUCCUGCUUUAAAAAAUUCCAAAUACCAGCUCCUUCACCACUCCGCCAAUCAGCUCUCCAUCAGCGUCCCUAAUGUAACACUGCAAGACGAAGGCGUGUACAAGUGUUUGCAUUACAGCAACUCCGUGAGAACAAAGGAAGUGAAAGUCAUUGUGUUAGCAACUCCCACCAUGCCAACCCUGGAAGCUUCAGUCAUCAGAACGCAAAAUGGAGAAGAACACGUUGUACUGAAAUGCUCCACCGUGAGAAGUAAGCCCCCUCCACAGAUAACUUGGCGUUUAGGGGCCAACGUGGAGCUCUACGGUGAAACCCACCAUGAAUUUGAAACUGAUGGGAAGAAGUGUAACAGCACCAGCACACUCAGAGUCCGCGCAUACGGCAGAAACUCAACCGCGGACUGCGUUAUCCGACACAAAGGCCUGCAAGGAACAAAACUGGCAGCACCUUUCCGGUUUGAAGAUUUGGUUACUGAUCAAGAGACAGCUUCAGAUGCCCCGGAGAUGAGCUCUCUGUCCUCUCCAGACCCUCAGCAGUCUGCUAGUACCGCUGCAGUAAUGGAAAUUUCUAGUACGUCAGAGAUUGACAAGGAGGAGGAAGAACAAAUCACUCAAGUCUCUCACUUGGCCACUGAAGCGAACCGUCAGUAUGCGGGACUGACCAGGAAGAAGAGUGGCGUCCUGCUCCUGACCCUCGUUUCCUUCCUCAUCUUCAUCCUCUUCAUCAUCGUCCAGCUCUUCAUCAUGAAGCUUCGGAAAGCACACGUGGUAUGGAAAAAAGAAAAUGAAAUUUCAGAACAUACUCUAGAAAGUUACAGAUCGAGGUCAAAUAAUGAAGAAACAUCAUCCCAAGAGAAAAAUGGCCAAACUUCUCACUCCAAGAGCUGCAUGAACUACAUCACACAGUUGUACUCAGAAGCAAAAACAAAGAGGAAGGAAAAGACACAACCUUCAACAUUACAAGGAGAGCACACUCAUAUACCAGAGAGCAUCGUGUAGUGCUCCCUGCAACAGAAAAUACGAUUUCAGGGCAGUCUCAUCAUCACCUGAGUGGAGCAGCCUGUGGGGAGGAGCAUAACUACCUUAAAGUGAAAAGCGUACUUCCGAGUGCAAUGCAAGAUGGUGUCCUCCGAUGCUCAUCUGCCCCGGACUCAGAGUGACAAUUGAGGACCCAACCAUGGACAUAAAGCUUUGUAGAUAAAAGAAAAGAAAAGAAAAGAAAGAAUCUAUUAUGCCUGACACUUCUUCAGAGCAGGAGGAUUCUACUAAGCUUUUGGAUCGGGGUCAGUGUGACCAGCUAGCAUCUUACUGUAAAGGAAACAGGAGAUUUUACAUGCUGGACUCUAAUGGAACUACUUCGUAAAAAAAAAAAAAGAAAAAUUGUUUUAGUCUUUCUUUUUGGUCUCCAAAUAAAGAACUUAGGGGUGAAAAGGACCUAAAGAAGGUCUCUAAUCCUAGGAGCUUACUUUCAAGACAGACUUUUAAGAAGAUGUAACCAGCACAUUCACUGUCAGGGAAGAGUGCUGCAAAACAACGAAUGAGCCAGAUGAGCACGAACGCCCCAAGAUUCACGCCCCAGGAGCCAAGUGUUAGUUCAAGGGAGGCCCAAAGAUUCCAUUUUCUUAGGAUUUCCUUACUAAAUCACAAGAGUUGACCUGAUAGAUAAUGCUUUUACCAGGACAGUUCAUUGCAAAAAAAACAUGUACAAAGGAAAAUAAUAGUUGAAUAUACUGAUGACUCACAAUGGAUGUUUUAAAAAAAUUAUUUAAUAAAGAGCAGAAUAUAUAUAUAUAUUUGUGUUUCUAGUGAUUGUUCCAAGUUGUACUUCCUCCUUUCACUUUCAAAUGUGAAAGUGACAUGUCUUUUUUUUUUCCUAGCAUUUAUUUAUGACAUUUCCCGUUCUCUGGAUCUGAAUAAACUAAUUCUGAAAGAAUACCCUCCCCGCCACUGCCUUACCACACACACAAAAAUUACGAGUUUGUAGUUGGUUCCAGGGGACAGAUCCAGCCGUGCUGAUUUUUCUCUCGUGAUAGAUUUUUUUUUUAACAAUCAAAAAAUUGCUGAGAGACAAGAGACUAGAACAAAGUACUUUUUCCUCGAAACCAUUUGAGAGUAAGUUGACAUGAUAUCCCAUCACCUCCCAGGUGCUUGAGUGUGGAUUUCCUCCACAAGCGAG